AUGGGUAAGCCACCGGAGGCUGUGAGCCUUCCUACCAUAGCUCUACUGCUACUAGCAUGUGGCGUUCAAGCUCAAGAGUAUGGCUGCCCACCGCAAGAGAAAAUCCUGCCGUGUCGAUGCUCGACUCGCGACAUGGAGUUUCAAAUAUGGUGUAGUCACAGCGAGCUUCCUCGAGUCCUCGAAGGUUUAAAAUCAGUAAGCCGUUACGUCACUCACCCGGUCGACGAGCUCAUCCUUGAGAAUAACAACCUGCUCAGUCUUCCCGGCCACGUGUUCGCAAGUCUGCGCGUUUUAAGAUUGAUGCUGCGCAACAAUCGCCUCGAAUUCGUGUCGUCGGGAUGGCUUGAAGGAUUGCACGAUUCACUGCUCGAGCUGUUUCUCGUUGAACCUGAUUUGAGAUUCUUACCAAUCGACAGCUUACAGAAUCUGCAGGGACUGGAGGCUGUCACGGUGCAGAGUAAAUUGAUGAAGCGGUUGCCGAGCUUUGCUGGUUUAUCGAAGCUGCGUUACCUUCAAAUAAACUCACCUGAUUUGAUGGAGCUUUCACCACACAUCUUUCGCGAUCUACCUUCUCUCGAGCAGUUACACAUUUUUGGUAGUCCGAAUUUAACGCGGCUCGAGGGUGGUCUGCUGCGUAACUUGCCAAGACUUCAGUUACUCAAUAUCAGCGACUGUGGAUUACAACGUAUUCACUCGCUUACGCUCAUCAAUUUACCGGAACUCAAAGAGAUCGCCUUUUCCGGCAAUGAGAUUCAAGAUGCAAGAAUGGUUGGCAGUAGCUUGAUGGAUUUACCAGGAGUGUCGGUGCUGCAACUGGAUAGGAAUAAAAUUGCGAGACUCGAUGGUGGAUCUUUCAGGGAUAUGCCGAGUUUGAGUAGAUUGUCGAUGAGUUAUAAUCGUAUUACCGAGAUCUCGAGGGAUGCAAUUCGUGGCGUUCCCUUACUCCGCACUCUUAACCUGAACCAUAAUCGCAUCCAUCGCAUUCAUCCGGAAUUCGUUUCGCGCGCUGCGCUCGAGGGCAUCGGCGUCGAAGAAGUUUGGCUGAUGGACAACGACAUUGCUCAUAUAUCGGAAAUUCGCGCGAUACUCGACGCUCUGCCACGACUGAAGUUCCUCGAAGCGAGUUACAACCAGAUACAGGAGAUACAGUACGGAGCUUUGAGAGGGCACCCGAGUUUGGAGAGGCUGCAUUUGGAUUAUAAUCGACUGAGUUACUUGCAUAGAGAAGUGUUCACAGCGAUGCCGGCUCUGCGGGAGUUGAGACUGAGGAAUAAUUCGUUGACCAACUCGCAGGAUUCACCUUUUUGGGAUCUGCCGGCUUUGAAGGGGCUAGACUUGUCAGGCAACUUUUUCCGACACAUCGAGCCUCGUCUCCUAGCUAAUCUACCAAGUUUACGUCGCUUGGAUAUGAGUGAAAACACAAUAGCGCUCGUUGAUCCAGACGCCUUUCUCAACUCACCAGCCUUGGAGCACGUGAACAUGUCAGGAAAUGCUCUCUCCGUCCUUCAUCCCAUGACUUUCCGGCAUCUGAACAAUUUGUACGAGCUCGACAUCGGAUGGAAUCGCUUGCUCGAAAUAAUUCCUGGUUUGCCUCGCAACCUCGAACAUCUGCACUUACCAAUGAACCGAAUCGUAGCCCUACCUCUAACCGUCACAUCGGACUCUCUCGCUCUACCAUUACUUCGUUCGCUAGAUCUAAGCGCCAACGGGAUUGAACAUAUCCCGCCAGCAGCUUUGUCUGGUUUACCCAGUUUACGUAAACUCAAUCUUGGUUUCAAUGCUCUCACCGUCGUCGAAGAUGGUUGUUUCGAGGGUCUUGGAAGACUGGAACAAUUGGAUUUGAAGUAUAACAGAAUUGGACUGCUGCAUGGGAGGUGUUUCAUGUCGUUGGCUAAUCUCUUGGAUUUGAGCUUGAGAGGCAAUAAACUGGAGAUGAUACGACCGGACGCUUUUCAGAGUAACGAGAGAUUGCAGCGGCUGGACGUUAGUAGGAAUAAUUUAUCGCAAUUGCCACAUUCGAUUUUCACGUUUACUAGAGAUUUAGGCGAACUACACGCAUCGCACAAUUCCUUACCCGAGCUGCCGAGCUCGUUACACGGCUUGGAGAAUCUUCAAAUUUUGGACUUGAGUUACAACAAACUGACCGCGCUGGCGCCCGAAACUUUGAGCAGUUUGACGAAUCUACUCGAGUUGAGACUGGCGAGAAAUCGCGUGCGCGAACUACGCGAAGGUGCUUUUGACAGACUUCCUCGACUGGCGCUCAUUGAUCUUGAGGACAACGAUUUGAAUCGGAUCGAGAGGAAUGCCGUCAGGGCGCUUCCGGAAUUGCAGGCCUUGAGACUGGCGAAAAAUCGGAUUACGAUGAUUCCAACCAUUGCGUUCUCCGAUCUGCCAAUGCUUCAAAGUGUCGAGCUUCAAGAAAAUCGCAUCCAAACGAUCGCGCGCAACGCCUUCGCAAACGUACCUCAUCUACUUUUCCUCAACGUCAGCCACAACUUAUUGAGCAACUUGGCCGACAUGCGACUGGACAGUUUGCGAUCGCUAGAGGUUCUCGACCUCAGCGACAAUCGCAUCCAUCGUAUCACCAAGUACGAUCUCGCGAAUAUGGAGUGGCUGGUCGAACUGAACCUGGACAACAAUCGUAUCUGCAUGAUACAGGGCGAACCGUUCGACGAGAUGCCCAGACUAAGGGUGCUGAGCUUGCGAGAGAACCGCAUGACCUCGGUGGCCGAGAGAGCUUUCAAGAGACUCAGGUCGAACAUCGCGGUUCUGGACAUCGAUGGUAAUCCACUGUCGUGCUCGUGCGGCAUGCUGUGGCUUCGUGGCUGGCUCCAGCAAGCUUCGGCCGAGGGGCCGCGUUGCGCGGACGGCUCGCUUUUUCGCGAGAUCCGCUUGUCCAAGCAGGAGUGCGAGCGCGAACGUCGACUGGAGCCUCCUUAUCCCGAAUGCGAGCCCAAAUCAAUGGGAAUGACUGCGUCGUCUACGUCGCCAUAUCAACCACUGUCCGCCAAUGGGAAUCAGAAGAGCAGCCCCAGACCAUCGGCAGUGAAUCAAGAUGCGGAUUACGUGUACGACGAUUACGACGACUACCCGCACGACCAUGCCAACUCCACCGGCGAUUUCGCAAGCAACUCGGUUAGCGGGGACUCGUCCUCGCUCAUCGUCACACCGCAGGCCAUCGGUCAGAAUGUUGAAAGUCCGUCGAGAAGCCAGCACGGAAAGAAUACCACUGCGAAUAAACAUCAUGGCAAUCAUGGGAUACCGCCGUCGCCAAGCAGCUCGGGCUUUACUUUCUUUGGUGUGCCGCUACCGAGUUUGAGCUUCAGUUUAUGGGGCAAUACCGCUAAGAAAGCCGACCGCAAGGAUGACGGAACGGGCAGCCCAACUUCGAUUUCCACUAAUUUGGACAAAGUGCCACCUCUGACAGCCGGAGUCAGACCAGCUCGUGGACGCUACAGGAAUUUCCCACCAACUGAGCCGGAAAUCCAUCGCGGUGGAUUCGUACCUUUACCCCGAGCUCAAGGUGGCUUCGUACCUAUCGUCGAUCCACGUCUAGAGGAAAAAAUCAAUAACAUUAGCGGGAACGGAACGAGAUUUACGGGUAAACAGAACGAAAGUCAUUUUGUUCACGAGAAAAAGACAUUGAAAAGCUCGAAUUAUACUGUGGCUAAAGUUGAGAGGAUAUCCGCGCCGUUCAAUCACACAGCAGCUCCGAAAAAUACGAGACAGCGUCAGCAAGGCCUCGCCACAUCGGGAUCCAUCAAACGACCAUCAGCCUUUGUUCACAAGCGCUUCAAAGAUACAAUCAGUACGAGUACCACGGCGAAUUCCGCUCCCACCGAACCAGAACGUGUAAUCAUUACGACGGAAGUUCAAGAAAGUCAAAACUCCGAAAUAGCUAGCAAAAUCACGACAACGACGACGACAACGAAAAAAAGCUCUACGACCACUAAAAAGUCGGUUAUCGAUGAGGUUGAAGCUGUUACGUCCAAGAGGACGACUAACAAUGUGCUUAAGGAGAUGCCGAUUAGAACCACCGAGUUCGCACCUUUGGAGAUUAUCACUACAGAAAAUUCCGCGGAUUUCCUUCAAGAAAUGCCAAUAGACCAGAAACAGAUGCAGCCAAUGCUACCCACCCCAACACCAAUCGCAACAUCGAGCACAGCUACGCGAAAUAUGGAAGCCUCUGCGCUUUCGGCUUUACUUGUACCUGGUGGUCAAGUUCCUCAAAUUCCAGUAUCGAGCAGUAAUACUCGACCUUUGGGAAGGCCUACUAUUAUGAAAGUUCCGUCGCCGUACAUCGACCCUACUGACGAUAAGCAGAUAAAAGAUAGUCACCAUAGUGGGUCGAACGUUGAUGAGGCUGUUAAAUUGAUCAACGAUGGGGAUUUCAAUUGGUACUUUCAGCAUUAUAAUGACAGCAUCCUCGAACCUUAUGUUGGGGUUGUUUAUGGUGGAAGUUUGACUAGUUCGGCGAGCUUUGUAGUUUGUCGUGUGCCCAUUGUCUUAAUGAUUAUCUCCAUUUCUUUUUGGUGUUCGCCUUGAGUUCCAGAUGUGUUUUUGACGUAAUAGAUUUUUUUAAGUAUUUUUCA